AUGUUUCGGGAGGCUUCUCUGUACUUUUCGCUUUUUUUGAUCACUCUGAUUGUUCAUAAAUCUCUCUCAGGUUUUGAGCUAACAAACGUUAAAUGCACUUCCCUGGACGAAUCUUUUGCCUCAUUUGAGUAUUGUUAUCUAAAGUCGGUGAAUCGAACCUAUAAAUAUGGAUCUUUGCGAGUAAAAUUACACAAGGGACCCAUUUAUAAAGUUAAGUUAAAUUUGGCGAUUUAUCAACGGUUAAACGGGUACAAGCCAUUUCUGUAUAACGUCACGGUCGAUGGAUGUAAAUUCAUAUUAAAUCAGAAAUCUUCUCCAGUAACCGCGUUUAUUUUUAACCUGUUCGCUCCAUAUUCGAACAUGAAUCAUUCGUGCCCCUUUGAUCAUGACUUAGUUGUAGAAAAAGUGCCUUACUCGUAUAUAAACGACCAAUUGACAAAUGUUUUGCCCUUUCCAAAAUCUUCUUACGCUUUUUGCAGCGAUUGGUAUGCAGAUGGGAUAAAACGGGCAUCCGUUAAUGCUUAUGCUACUUUAACAUAG